UUUUUUUCCUUUAAUUUUUCUUAUAUUAUCGGAUAAAAGCUUCAUUUAUUUCUGUGUUGAGCAGAAAUAACAUCCAAAUCCUUGUUUCUUUUUGUUCCUGUUCUUCUUUACUGGGAAAAUCAAUUUCAAGAACGAAGUCGCAUCAAAUCUACGUAUUUCUGUGAACAAUCAAGCGAUGUUGCAAUUUUCUUAUUUUGCAACCACGGCGUACCAAACGGAGCUGGGAUCAGAAACCUCUCUCCAGAGGAAAUCUGGGAGAGGAAAGAUCGAAAUCAAACGGAUCGAGAACACUACGAAUCGUCAGGUCACUUUCUGCAAACGCAGAAAUGGUCUUCUCAAGAAAGCCUAUGAGCUCUCUGUUCUCUGUGACGCUGAGAUCGCCCUCAUCGUCUUCUCCAGCCGCGGCCGCCUCUACGAGUACUCCAACAACAGUGUAAAAGCGACAAUUGAGAGGUAUAAGAAGGCCAUAUCGGAUAAUUCAUCUGAAAUCAAUGCCCACUACUAUCAACAAGAAGCCCAAAAAUUGCGUCAACAUAUUCUUGGUAUACAAAACUCGAACAGGCAACUGAUGGGUGAGACAAUAGGGUCAAUGGUGCCCAAAGACCUCAGGACUUUGGAACGCAAAUUAGAUACUGCAAUUAGCCGAAUCCGAUCCAAAAAGAACGAGCUUUUGUUUGCCGAAAUUGAGCACAUGCGGAAGAGGGAAGCCGAUUUGUAUAAUGACAACAACCUUCUGCGUGCCAAGAUAGCAGAGAAUGAGAGGAACCAUCCGAGCAUGAUGAAUCUGAUGCCGGGAAGAUCGAACUACGAGGAGCAGCCGAUGAUGCCGCAACCGUCUCAGCAGUUCGAUUCGAGGAGUUAUUUCCAAGUCGCAGCUUUACAACCCAACCACCAUUUCUCCGGCAAGUAAUAUUGUCUGAAAGACGAAGAAGAGUUAUCGGUGGCAAUAUGGAGCAAUAUGUAUAAGUUUAGGAUAUAUAUAUGUUUGAAGAAGCCAAAUUGUAAGACCAUUGAUAAUGUUCUACAUGGGACAUGUCUAUUUGUAUUCACAUAUGUAUGUACUCAAAUAUUACAAUAUUGCAUCUUCCUCUCCAAUAAUUUCUUCUCUCCGGCCGGUUUUAUUAUU